UUUUGGACACGCCAUAACGUGUUAGAACAUUUGUUGUUGUUUUCUUGACAAUCUUUUCGGUCUUGUUCAUGGCAGACAAAAGUCAACUUUGUUCAGUAUGGGUGGGAUCAGAAACAGGGAUAUUGAAAGGUAAAAAUUAUGUAACUCAGUAAAUUUAGCCAUGCUGUCCUUGUGUUGUGUGUUAUUUGUUAGAGCUAGCUAUCUAGCAACCCACGUGUUUGCUUGCUACCUAGCUUGACAGUACUUUUCCCUAAUGCGACACAGAUUGUUUUAGGAACGAUGGCCAUGCACGCUAUCAGGAUAUUUAAAUGGAUAUCACUUACACUUUGUGUCUGUUAGGUGUGAGCCUAUCCAAAAAACAGGCAUUCAACUUCUGUGAGAUGAGCUGCUUGAGUCGGGACCAGGAAGUGUGUGUACUGGGCUGGGGAGAUCCACAGGAGACUGAGGUGUGUGUGUGGGGGCUCUAGGGAGUAAUGUAUCUCUUGAUGAUGUCUGAUCUCUGUUGGUCGUUGAUGUGUUUAGAGUGCACAUAGGUCUGAAUGUUUGCAUCAUGGUUGUUGUGCCGUUGUGUUAUUUACCUGUCUUGUCUGUUCUAGGUGCUGGUGGGGUCUGUGAAUGGCACAGUGAAGACGUUCAGCACAGAGAAGGGCAUCUUCACUGAGACCAGACAGUGUGGGGAGAGCACCCAUGGCAGGUUCACAGGACUCGCUGUCACAGACCGGUAUAGUUGUGUAGAUAAAGACACGGUCAUAACACAGUACAGGAGUUGUUGUUCAUGCACACUGUCAUUACACACCAGCAGCUCCGUGGUCAUGUGUUGAGGAUACUAAUGUUGACACUGGACGACUCUCCCUGUGUGUCUCUGCAGUGCUCUGAUCACGUGUGUGGAGACAGGACUGCUGAGGGUCUGGAAGGAGGGAAGCACAGACACAGUGAGUGACUUUGCCAGAAUACCACAUAGGCUUCCUAGAGGUUGUUACAUUGCAGAUGGAUACUAUAUACUUAUGAAUGAUUGAAGUUGACUGUCUGCUUUUUUGUGCACUGCCAUUUUCUUGAACAUAACCCCUGUCCCUAUGUCUAGGUUGAAAUAAAUGCUGGGAAGAAUGUUUGUCGGAUGCGACAGAAUCCCUCGCAGCGCAAUCAAGUGGCUACAGGAGGGAAGGAGAACGGCCUGAAGGUCUGGGAUCUGGAGAGACCUGAAACACCUAUCUUCACCUCCAAGAAUGUAAGAGUCUAACAACUACAUUUCAAGGAUUUACAGUGGGAAUGUCUACAUAGUAUGUUAUGUUUUGGUGUUUGUGCAUUGAAACAGUGCCAUGCUUUUUUAUGCUGCAGGUGCGUAAUGACUGGCUGGACCUGCGAGUCCCAGAGUGGGUCAGAGACAUGGCCUUCAUCCCAGACUCAGACAAGAUAAUCACCUGCACAGGUCACCACCAGGUCUGUCUGUCUUGCCCUGUACAAGCCCUGUUCUUAGACUGGGUCUGCUGGUCUUCUAAGCCACUGAGUCAGACUUGGAGCACAGUACUCAAAGGAUACAUUCAGCAGCAGUUUGACGCAUUUUGUUAGAUAUGCAACCAGGCCAGCGCAGUACAUUUUGGCAUACUGGGUUUGGCUCAGCUCAGUAGUGUGAAAAGGGACUCUUACAUUUUGGGGGGCUGAAACUGUCCUGUAAGGGUAAAUUCAUAUUAUACAAUGGGUGGUUCUAAUCCUGAAUGCUGAUUGGUUAAAACCGCAUUCCAGCUGGUGUCUAUUCCACAAGUUAACACCGGCUAAAUCUAUGAUGUUAAAAUGCCUAUUUACUCUGUUCCAUCUCACUGCGCAAUCCACUGUCUCAUCAGCCCAGCCAGGCAACUUUAAACACUUGAUCUCCACUAUAAGAAGCAUCUAGACAUUAUCUCACAUUUAUUUUAGACUAACAUUUAGGUUUCAAUAGCGGAGAUUUGUAUAAACCUUGCUGUCUGUCUCUCUGACAUUUGCAACAUUGUUUCAAUAUUCAAAUUCGAUCUCCAGCUGUCCCAUAGUAAGGAAAGUGUAGGGGUCGGAGGUCGGGACGAGACAGACAGGCAGGCAGCGUUUCUCAGCCAAUCGAAAUCAUGAAUCAGCUGGCAUCAUUUUUCUGGAUGUAUACAAAGAAUUGUCAAUUGAAAAAAGGUCAAACGAAAAGGAAGUGCAGCUAGUUUGCAGUCUUUACAGCUUCCUUUUGAAGUGAUUGUGUUACUGUAGCUGUGUUGUUGGCUAUAUUCUCUGAACAACAGUGUCCUGAUGAGAGCACAUUUGCUAUGCCAGGCGAAAUCGCGCCUCAUUAGCUCAUUGUUAUGGAUGUGUCCAAAUAAAUGUCACAAAACAGCUUGUAAAUGCAGCUACUGUUGUUAUUCAGGCUGCACUGUUUGACGUGACUGUAAGUUAGCCGUAGUUGGCUAGCUAGCAAGCAAGGGAUAAGAACGUUGCCAGCCAGUACAGAAAUGGAACAUUUAGAACGAAUGAAUAGGUCGGGUCCAUAGAUACAAAACAAAAAGACUGACCAACUGGGUCGCGUCUCUGGGAACCGAACCGACAGAACGAACGACCAGCCGGCUUGGGUAGCAACCCUAGAUUCGGGACUAUAUCUUGUGGAAGGAUGAAAUAGUAUGAAUAAAUUCAUCAAAGUAAUGUUUUUAAUGAAAAUAUGUCAAUCAUAAUUUUUGUAUGUUGGUAACCCGUUGUAUAAAAGUGAUAAUGCCCCUGAAGCCGGUGUUUGGAGGAUAUAUUGGCACGGUUUGGCUCGACUUCGUCUCAGGCCUAUCAACACCCGUGCCAAUAUAUCCUCCAAACACCGGCUUCUCAGGCAUUAUCACUUAAUUGGUCAAGUUCAAGUACCCUGAUGUAUGGUUUGUAUCAUUGCUACAUAAGCAAACCAUUAAACAUCUUAACUUGACUCAUGUCUCUUUGCCUCAUUCAUCUAUCUAAUGAUAUAACAAAAGCAACCCGAUUUGAUUUUUUUUUUUCUCUGUUAGGUGCGAGUGUAUGAUCCAGCCUCUCCCCAGAGGCGUCCUGUUCUAGAGGCUCAGUUUGGGGAGUACCCCCUCACAGCCCUCUCCCUCCCUGCCAGCCAAGACAGUGUUGUAGUGGGCAACACACAUGGCCAACUCGCCAUCUUAGAUCUGCGGAAAGGUGAAUGAGGGAGUCGAUGUCUGUUUCUGCUUGUUGAAAUUAUUGUGCAGUUGCUUAGCGAUCUGCUUCAGUACUUUUCCAUGUCAGCUUCUUUAUCUUUUUGUCCAUGUAUGUAUUUGCCAUUGUGCUACAUUAUAGAUUAAUUUGCUGUAUGUGCUCUUUGAAACGUCUGUUUAUUAAAAUGAAAACUUAAUUGUUUUGCCUGUAGCAGCAAUAAUUAUCUUCUGAUAGUCAGAGAGAGAGGGAGAUCAAGCUUUUUGUGUGUGCGAGUGCAUGUUGCGUGCCUUUGUGUUCUAUCUGUGAGAUCCUCUCCCCCUCGACUACAGUCUCUUUGUUGUCUAACCUCGCCUCCUCUUGUCCUCUUCAUUCGCUGCAGGCCUAGUGCGUGGGUGUUUAAAGGGGCUGGCAGGAGGGGUGCGGGGGCUUCAGUGCCACCCCUCUCUCCCUCUAGUGGCUUCUUGUGGUUUGGAUCGCUUUCUGAGGGUACACAGCCUGGAGGACCGCACUCUACAGCACAAGGUACACACCACACACACUCACUCUUACACUCUCCACACACUUGAAGCCAGCUACACAAACCAUCAUUAGGGAAGCCUCCUACACAGUUUUUAGUAAUUGUGUUCAGUGAAAGUUCAAGAGGUUCUCUCUCGCUUCGUCUCCCUUUCAGGUGUAUCUGAAGUCACGACUCAACUGUGUGCUUCUGUCCAGCAGAGAUCUCGAGGUAGGGGUGAAUUAAGUGCUAUGAAUCAGCCUGUUUCAGACAUUGUGAAGUGCAAUACUUUGUCAUCUAUUUGACUUUCAAAUUGAGACUUGCUAGUUUUUUUACCAACACUAAUUAAUGUUGUGAUAUGAGUUUUCAUAACACCCUGUAUGACACCUGACAUGCAUAUUUACUUAUUUAUUACACUAUGAUACAGUAGUUGAUUUAAAUUGACAUAACAAGAAUGUCAAACAAGAAUGUUAACUGUCAUUUGCUGUUUAAUAUUUUUGAAACAGUGAUUUUCCUGCAUUAUGCUGCAGAAUGAUGGUGUAGUAUGUUUACAGUAUCUCUCCUCUAUUUCAGCUGAGCAGUACAGGAGUGACCGGAGAUGUGGAGGAAGUGAAAGAAGAGGGAGGAGAACUGGAUGAGGUGUGGGACACUAUGGAGAUGAUAAAAGAGAAGGCGAAGAAAAGAGCAACAGAAGAAGAAGAAGCUGUUGUUGAAGAAGCAGAGAAGAAGACUAAGAAGAAAAUAAAAGUGGUCAAAUGACCAGCAGUGGAGAGCUUAAGGAAAGGACUGUUCUCUUUAUGAGAAACGCAGAAGGUCUAGAGGUCUGCUAAAGCCAGUGUUGUGGAUGUACUGACUGUUUUCCUGUUGAAUCAGUACUGGAAAUGGAAUAGCCAUAGUUUCCCAUUAAAACUAUGACCUCUCUGGAGUUGUGUGCAUGUCCUUUUGUACCAACUUCCUUGAAAUGUAGCUAACAUUAAAAAUCAUUACGUACAGAUUGAUAUUCUUUUGGCAACAACUCACAAAAAGAAACAUUGAAUUGACAAUAUCCCAGGGCUAAAACAAUUUCGCAUAUGAACUCUGAACAUGACUGUGUGUGUCUGUGAAAGAAUGCAAUGUCCCUAAUAAACAGACAGGUGGCAUCUGGCACCAUUGGUUGGCUUGCUUGUGUUUUUGUGUCCUCUGCUGGAAUGGAG